CUCCUUGCUCAGAAGUGGCCUUUUGGAGAUUCUGAAUUUGGACAGUUUCUUUGCAAAUUCCUUCCCUUUAUACAGAAGGCAUCUGUGGGAAUCACAGUACUUAAUCUCUGUGCCCUUAGUGUGGACAGGUAUAGAGCAGUUGCCUCCUGGAGCCGUGUUCAGGGAAUUGGAAUCCCUAUGAUCACUGCUAUUGAAAUUUUCUCCAUUUGGCUUCUGUCCUUCAUACUGGCUAUUCCAGAAGCAAUUGGUUUUGCUGUGGUACCGUUCAAAUACAAGGAUGAAGGUUACGUUACCUGCAUGCUCAAUCCUACAAAUAAUUUUACCUUGUUUUACAAAGAUGCAAAGGACUGGUGGCUGUUUGGUUUCUAUUUCUGCAUGCCACUGGCAUGUACUGCCAUCUUUUAUACGCUAAUGACUUGUGAAAUGUUAAACAGAAGAAACAGCAACUUGAGAAUCGCUCUCAGUGAACACCUUAAGCAGCGUCGAGAAGUUGCAAAGACAGUUUUCUGUUUAGUAGUGAUUUUUGCUCUUUGCUGGUUCCCUCUCCAUUUGAGCCGAAUUUUGAAGAAAAUGGUAUACAAUGAAAGAGACCCUGGCAGAUGUGAACUGCUCAGUUUCUUGCUGCCAUUGGAUUAUAUCAGCAUCAACCUGGCAACCAUGAACUCUUGUAUAAACCCAAUAGCUCUGUAUUUUGUGAGCAAGAAGUUUAAAAACUGUUUCCAGUCAUGUCUUUGCUGUUGCUGCUCCCAAUCUAAGAGUCUAGUGACUUCAGUGCCCAUGAAUGGAACAAGUAUUCAGUGGAAAAAUCAAGAACUAAACAAUCACAAUACAGAUCGAAGCAGCCAUAAAGACAGCAUAAACUGAAAAUUAAGGACUCUGAUACCACUUCAGAAUCAAACAGGAAAAAAAGUCACAACAAAGCUAUUUCAACAGGAAGCCCAGUGACUGUUCCAUAAUCAAUUCAGACGUGUGCACCCUUGUACCUAAUUCUAGAGGUGACUGAGUAGAUUGACUGACUAUAACUGUGAUGUUCUGUCAACUGAGAUCCACUGGAUGGUAAUUGUGUCUCUGAAAAUGUUAUUGAUGUGAUUAUGACACAAAAAAAAUGACUUGAACUACACAGGUGGUUUGCUCUUCUGAACCAAGCAGGAACUGUCCAGUGUCUGUGACUGGUACAAUACAAUCGUAUUACCCAAUUGUAACCUAGAAUUAAUCACGGCGGAAUUUUUCAGAAGAUAUCAAAAUGGAAUCUGUCUGUGACUAUAUUUUCUCUCUGCCCAUUUGUCUUUUAACUUUUUUUGUGUGGUGGAUAUAUUCCAUGCACCAGUAUGUUUUGCAUGUUGUUGCUGUUGUUGUUGUUGUUGUUGUUGUUGUUUUUCAGGUUUAUGUUGGAAAACGUUUUGGUUCACACCAGUAUUUUAUUUACUUAUGU